CUCCCCAUCCGGGGCAGCUGGGAAUGGCUGAGCCUGGGGUUCGCCGCCGCCCCCGCCGCCGCCGCCGCCGCCGCCGCGGCAGCCGUCUGCUUUCUGCUCCGGCCGCAGGACCUUAGCAUCCUGAAUCCUUUUGAGUUUAUUGCCUUUAAAACUGAUCUGGUCAGAGUCCAUCAUGCUGAAGUUAAAAAGUUCAGAGUCGGUCCGGGUAGUGGUUCGCUGUCGGCCCAUGAAUACCAAGGAAAAGGCUGCUUCCUACGACAAGGUGGUGGAUGUGGAUGUGAAGCUUGGGCAGGUAUCUGUGAAGAACCCCAAAGGUACAGCCCAUGAAAUGCCUAAGACCUUCACCUUCGAUGCAGUCUAUGACUGGAAUGCUAAGCAGUUUGAGCUCUAUGAUGAGACGUUUCGACCGCUCGUGGACUCUGUGCUGCAGGGUUUCAAUGGGACAAUUUUUGCCUAUGGACAGACCGGGACUGGGAAAACCUACACAAUGGAAGGGGUCCGUGGUGACCCUGAAAAAAGAGGGGUCAUUCCUAACUCAUUUGACCACAUCUUCACCCACAUCUCUCGAUCCCAGAAUCAGCAGUAUCUAGUCAGGGCUUCUUACCUAGAGAUCUACCAGGAGGAGAUCCGAGACUUGCUCUCAAAGGACCAGACCAAAAGGCUUGAGCUUAAAGAGAGGCCUGACACUGGGUUGUAUGUGAAAGACCUGUCUUCCUUUGUCACCAAGAGUGUGAAGGAGAUAGAGCAUGUGAUGAACGUGGGCAACCAGAACCGCUCUGUUGGUGCCACCAACAUGAACGAGCACAGCUCACGUUCUCACGCAAUCUUUGUCAUCACCAUUGAGUGCAGUGAGGUGGGCCUGGACGGUGAGAACCACAUCCGGGUAGGGAAACUGAACCUUGUAGAUCUGGCUGGCAGCGAACGGCAAGCUAAGACUGGUGCACAGGGGGAAAGACUGAAGGAAGCAACCAAGAUCAACCUUUCCCUUUCAGCCUUGGGGAAUGUCAUCUCUGCUCUGGUGGACGGCAAAAGCACCCACAUCCCGUAUCGAGAUUCAAAGCUUACCAGGCUCCUCCAAGAUUCCCUUGGUGGCAAUGCCAAGACGGUGAUGGUGGCCAAUGUGGGGCCUGCCUCUUAUAAUGUAGAAGAGACUCUGACCACUCUAAGAUAUGCCAACCGUGCCAAAAACAUUAAGAACAAGCCAAGGGUCAAUGAGGACCCAAAAGAUGCCCUCCUUCGAGAAUUCCAGGAAGAAAUUGCUCGGCUCAAAGCCCAGCUGGAAAAACGGUCCAUCGGGAGGAGGAAGAGGCGAGAGAAGCGGAGGGAAGGUGGUGGCAGUGGCGGGGGUGGGGAAGAGGAGGAGGAUGAGGGAGAAGAGGGAGAGGAGGAAGGGGAUGAUAAGGAUGAUUAUUGGCGGGAACAGCAAGAAAAACUGGAGAUUGAGAAGCGGGCCAUUGUGGAAGACCACAGUUUGGUUGCAGAGGAGAAGAUGAGGUUGUUGAAGGAGAAGGAGAAAAAGAUGGAAGACCUGCGGCGAGAGAAGGAUGCUGCUGAGAUGCUGGGUGCCAAAAUCAAGGCUAUGGAGAGUAAACUACUUGUUGGAGGAAAAAAUAUAGUAGAUCAUACGAAUGAACAACAGAAAAUCCUGGAGCAGAAACGGCAAGAAAUUGCAGAGCAGAAACGUCGAGAAAGAGAGAUCCAGCAACAGAUGGAAAGUCGAGACGAGGAGACUUUGGAACUUAAAGAGACUUACAGCUCAUUGCAGCAAGAGGUGGACAUCAAGACCAAAAAACUCAAAAAGCUCUUCUCCAAGCUGCAAGCUGUGAAGGCUGAGAUCCACGACCUCCAAGAAGAGCACAUCAAGGAGCGCCAGGAGUUGGAGCAGACCCAGAAUGAGCUCACCCGCGAGCUAAAGCUCAAGCAUCUUAUUAUAGAAAACUUUAUCCCUCUGGAAGAGAAGAGUAAAAGUAUGAAUAGAUCCUUCUUUGAUGAAGAGGAAGAUCAUUGGAAAUUACAUCCUAUAACUAGACUGGAGAAUCAGCAGAUGAUGAGGCGGCCAAUCUCCGCGGUUGGCUAUAAGAGACCACUGAGCCAGCACGCAAGAAUGUCCAUGAUGAUUCGCCCAGAGUCCCGAUACCGGGCAGAAAACACAAUGCUGUUAGAACUGGACAUGCCCAGCCGGACCACAAGAAACUACGAGGGCCCGGCCAUUGCCCCCAAGGUCCAGGCUGCAUUGGAUGCAGCGCUACAGGACGAAGAUGAGAUACAGGUGGAUGCAUCAUUCUUUGAAAGCACCGCAAUUAAGAAAUCCAGGGCCAGGCCUAAAAGUGGAAGGAAGUCGGGAUCCUCCUCCUCAUCCUCUUCAGGAACUCCUGCAUCUCAGCUGUAUCCACAGUCUCGGGGGCUGGUGCCCAAGUAAAGCUGGGCUCCUCUCCCAGGGCACGAGCAGCAGUGUUGCCUUCGCAGAGAAGAGACGAACAUGAAGCUGCAGAGAGAACUUAAGUCUGGACUCAGAACUGUUCCCCUGAGGAGAAGCAAUGGCCUCUACAGAUUAACCAGCUUAAUCUGGUGGAACAUGCUGGUCCUAAUCUGGCAGUCAGCUCCUCUGGGAAAUGUCCUUUACAUAGCAUCUCAGAAAUGCAUGGGUAAGGUAAAGUGCGAUAGCCCAAGAGGACAGCAAGAGAAUGACCAUGACUUUGCUUUUCUUCUCCUUUGUCUUCUCUCCACCCCUGCCCUCUUUUCUCUCCUCUCCUUUUGUAGUCUGUUCUUCACAUUGGGCUCCCUUCUUUUGAAACAAUGGGGCAUCUUUGAAGCCUUUGGAUAAAGUGACAUUGAGGUUGAAAAGUGAAAACCCUAGAUUUGACUAGGUGCCUGAUCUUACAGGGAGAAAUGAGGAAUCUCAUUUGCAUCUAAGCCCAGGAGGACAUGAUCAGCAACCUUGCUUUCAUGCCUCUCAGUAAGAAGUGGAUCUGCUUUGGGGAUCUGCUGAAUGAGGAAAUCUCUUCCAAUUUCUGCUCCUGAAGGAUUCAGUGUCAGAAGCAAUAGAAAUAACCAUUCCCUUUGUCUCCUUAGAGAGUUUAAGGAAAUUGCUUCUUUCAGACCUCAAAAGCCAGUGCCAUGUCUAUCUACUGUGUCACUUUACUCUUCAUUUGCCACCAUCUGUCCCUUUGUGUGCAUACUCCAAACAUCCCUGUGGAAGCCUGUCCUCUGCCUCUGGAGUGUACUUUUAGAGGGCCUGUUUUACAGGACAAGGGAGCUUGGCUCUGCCUUCUCUAUGGGACUAGAGUUAAGACGUAGCACUUUUUCAUUCCCCGUUUUAUUCCAUACUGGCAGAAAGAGCGGAAGAAUAGCUAGGCAGAGGCGGAGCUAGAGAAAGAAGCCUCAGAGCAGCGGGAAGGGAAGGCAGACAGGUGGAAGCAAAGGAGUCUGGUUGCUUUCAGCUGUGAACUCAUGAAUCCUAGAGCCAGGGCUUCCGCCAGGCAGACUGUUACUCAUUACCCAAGCCCAAGCUCGUAAGUGUGUGAGCACCAUGUGUGUGCCCCAUCAGCGUGUCCAUGUACGUCUAAGAGAUGGAGACCAAGAACUUGCCCAGUUUUAGAAAUAUGCUAAUGUGCAGUUGUUGCCUUUUGUCUGUUAAAGUCCUACUGAAUGACUAGACUAGGCUGGAAGUGCUCCUGUGUGGGUGUCUAAGUCCACGAGCCAAGCCUGAGGGGACAUGGUGAGUCCCCAGGACUGCCACACUGGCGCACCUUGCUGGCAUGGUGUCUCAGGAAGAUGGCAACUCAGGUGGGCCUUGAGUUAUAUUUUAACCCAGUUGCUCAGUUCCCAGGGCACAUUGCUGGAUCGGAACCCAUGGAAAAGAGGAGGUACCAAGUGCAACGUCUUGGCAUUCUGGAAAAUGGAGAUCUGGAGUUCACAGCUCUCUCUGUGGUAGUAACCAUUCCUUCUGAAUCCAGAGCUCUGCUCAGCAGUUCCCAGAGCAUAAUGGAGCCUUUCUUUUUGUGGGAUCAAACCCUACCUUAUUUACUAAGAAUUUGCCCAUUUGAAUAGGAACCAAAUGAUGUAGCCACAAAUGGUUAUCUACUGGUGAACAUGUCUCUCACACCACAUUCCUUCAAAGCUAGUCUGAAUUCCAUAGGCUGAAAAGGAUCAUGUAGCAAAUCAGAGAACAAACUGUGGCUAACACUAUACCUUCAUACUGGUGUCUUGAGGUGGCUGUGUGAGUAAGGGUAGCUACAUGACACAGAACUUUUCCAGAAGGUGAACGAGGAAAGCCAGGCUAAAAGGCCUGAAUACUAAUACAAGCUUGUCUGGUACUCUACUGUGUCCAUUUGGUGGUUUGGGGACACUGUAAAAGGAUACUCACUAGGAGAUGAAACUAUCCUUUUCUAAGCAGUCUCUGGUGCUUUUCUUCUCUCAAAAUGGAUCCGAUAAAUAUUUGAGAAGAGCAGAUGGUAAGACAUGUUGCUGCCACCAGAAUGGUGCUGCUUUUGGCUUCCAAUUGAGCCACAUGUGUAGAGGACAUAGCAAGCCCAUGAGGGCAUUUGUGCUGGAAUGUUCCAGAAUGGUGGAGAGUCUUCAUGCCAGCAGCUAGUGAAGUCUGAAAGCAAGUGUCUCGUGGGACCUCAGAAGACCAUUGGGAGAAGGAGUUUGAGACUGUCUGCAACCUCACCAGACUCCCUUUUGCUCUGCUCAGUAGAAUCUAUCUGGUUUCACAUUUUUACAGUCACACCCCUCCCAGACACCUGGAUUCAGAACCCAAGGCCACAAAUCCUAGGCAUGAAGCACUUUCUGGAGACUCUGACCUAACAUUGAAUGGUUCCCCGUCCACUGCCUGCAUGCUGCUUGACUUGCUCCACUCACACCUCCUUGAUGAAGGGCACCAGAGUGUUCUGCAGCUCAGCCCUGGGCUGCUCUCUGCUUUUCCUGUCUGACUCUUGUAAGUCCUCCCUCACUGAAUGUAGAUUUGUCGCCAAGUUUCUGAGAAGUGUCGGCUCCCUGUAACACAGGGUGUCAGUUUUGCCUCACAGCCUCAUUUGAAGUCCAGUGUACUGUGAAUCCUUCUUGGACCAUCCACACACCAUCAGAGAUGAAGUCCAGGCUUUUAAUGUACCCUAAGCCAUCCUGAAAAUGCUCAGCUGGAACUAGUUAUGAACAGUGGGCCUGGUGAUUAUCUACCGCGUGAGGCGUUGUCUUGUUCUAUUUGGAAAUCUGGCUCUUUUCUCCUUGCCCUUGUCUCUUGAAUGAAAUACUUUUGAGGUUAUUUAUGAAAGGAGAGGUCCCCGGAGGGGGGCCGAAGGCAGUGGGCUUUAUGGCUCAUUUGAGUUACUAUUGAUCUUGACCUUCUCUUUGGCUACUUUUAGACAAAGAAUAUGCCAAUACUAGGGACUCUAAGUUUUACAAUUGAUAUUUAUUUGUAUCAUCUCUUUGUCUGGGAAUGUAAAAGUGAUUCUAAACUAAGAUGUGUAAUAAAAUCAAUCAGAUUUAUUAUACUUACAAAAAGGUGACCUCAUAAAUGGCUGACACUUUUGAAAAUAACUGUUGACUGAUGCCUGUAGCUGACACACUUUAUUUUCUUUGAAUAUUUUAUUUUGUUACAGGAGGGUAGGAGGGGAAAAAUACUGUAUUGCAGUAUUGGCAUUUAAAAUACAUAGCAUUAAGGAAGAAAGAUGUAAAACCGGGGUAGGGCUGGGGCGUGACUUGGUGGUAGAGUACUUGCCUAGAAUGUAUGAGGCCCUGGGUUUGAUCCCUGGCACCUCAAAAAAAGAAUGUGGGUGAGGGGAGACAGUAACAAGUGCUUUUUACAUUUUUCCAUUGUGGCUCCUAAGAUACUCAGGCCCAGAAAAGAGGGAUGAAAGUUCUUUUUGCCUUUGUUUUGUUUUUACAGUUUAUUUAAACUUAUACAGUGUACUUUAAAAUAUAUCCAUAUCUUUCCAGACAUGGUGCUACAUGCCUGUAAUCCUGUCACUCAGAAAGCUGAUGUAGGAAGGAUGCAUGUGUGAGGCCACUCUAGGCUGUAUGGGUCAAGGCCAGCCUGGGUUAUCCUCUCAAAAACCCUCCUCUUUUUUUAAAAUAUGAAAAUAUUUUAUAUUGUUUACCAUUGGGGAAAAAAAAGAAAUACCACAAAUGGGCCACACUUCAUCUUAUGGUUUUUCAUACCUCUACGCCUGCCUAGAUGUAUCCCAGGGGUUAGCACUGGGGGGGGAGUUGGAGGGGCACAGAUUAGACCCAGAGCUGGUUCGGAUUUAAUUCUCUGUAUCUUGGGCUUUUGUCAUAUAGUCCACCUUUCAGGGCUGUUUUGAGAAUCUCACACUGCGUUUAAAGCAGAAAGCACGGUGCAUACACCAGCAAACAUUAAAACGUAUGGGUACUGUGCUGUGCUCGGUGCUGCACACCUAUAAUGUCAGCAUCAUGCGAGACCGAGGCACGAAGAUCUUAAAUUCCAGUCCCAGCUGGGGAAUUUGUUAAGAUCCUAUCUCAAAAUAAAAAGAGCUGGGGAUAUAGCUUAGUGCAAAGACUCUGCAUCCCAUCCCCACUACCCCCAGAAAAAAAAAGUGUGUGUGACUCAGACAAAGGUUUCUUAAUUGUGGUCUUUCAGUAAGAUGCUCUCAAGUUAACGUGCGAUGUCCCUGUACCAUCCGCUCUUUCCCGAAAGAGUUAGAACAAGAAAAACCCAUAUCUUGGCACAGUCAAAGUUAUUUUUGCUGCAAAAUAAACGAGUUCAAA